AUAAUGCUUUUUUUUCUUCUAAUAACUUUUUAUUGAAUGAUUGUUCGUAUUGUAUAGGUACCAGGGUCUUGAUAAUUUAUUUGGACUAUUUACAAAAAUGGAUGCAGCAUUUCAAACAAAAUGGUUAAAGCUGCUUUCAUAUUUAGGGCCUGUGUUUAGCUACUUUGUUGGAUGUCUAUGGGAUAAGGAGGAAUUUGUUCGCUCAAAAGCCUAUGCGUUGAUAAGAACACUUGGAACUUUACACUUGCGUUCUGCCUUCCGUUGCUGGGAAGCCUACUUCUUAACAGCUACAGAUAGACAAAGAAUGCCGCUUAUUAGUUUAAUGAUACAACUUAAUGCUUUAUUCCCAGAUUGGCAAGUUUUGCAAUGGGAGUCACUUUUAGAGGCUUUAGAGAUGAAAACAACUGUUGAAAUGAUAGAUGAAUAUACACAUCCAAUAUCUACUGAACCUGAUAUGAUAAAAGAGGACAUGGAUGUUUCUGGUGAUGAACAUUUCCAUAGUCCUCAGGAUGAUGAGACAGCUCAAUCAGAGAAUGUAAAAGUGUUGAUGAUCACGCUUGCGUUACAGAUGCUAAGCAAGCACCUUAGUGUUGAGCCUACACAAAUAUAUAGACUGAAAUUUGUUUUAGUACAGUAUAUGAAUUUCCAAAAUUGUCAGUUGAUUAAUAAUGGUGGCGAUAUUACUGUUGAAUUUGGUAUUUUGAAAUAUAAUCCCAGAAACCCUUCUCAAGUAGCAAUGAUGACCGCAUGCAUUAGAGGUUUAAAAAAGAUUAUGGAUAGUUUUGCUCCUUUAGCAGCCGAAACAGUAGCCAGUAUGGCCUCUGAAUCGUUAGAACAGAAUAAAAUGAAUUUGGCAGAAAAUAGCAGCCCGGGUGUUCAUUUCAUUGAUGUUGUACUUAAAAUGAUGAAUUCUGGCAUUGAAUUAACUAAAUUAGGACACUUAUUACUUAAGGCAUGGCUUGAAAUUGUAUUGAUUAUUGUGUAUAAGCAUGACAUUUUAGAUAGAGAAUAUGAGCAAAGUAUUGUAGCUUGUAUGAAACAAGUAAUUGAACUCUUAACAGAAGAAAUUAGUGAAGAAAAUAAGUUACUUAUUUUAGAAAUUUUGAAAUGUCUUUUACGACGCUCUGAUCAUUUAACGGCAAUGGUACUCUCUAAACAAAUUUCAGUUUUAGGCAAAUUAAUGACCAAUCUAGGAGUUCGUAACUCUGAUCCAAUUUACUUGAAGGCUAAACAAUUCUUGAAAAGCGCUUUCUUACGUUUUGCUGUUGCUGGUUUAUUUGUACUGAUGUUCAAAAAUCAGGCUGUCUCUGAUUCCAAUAAUGGUGAUAUUGAUUUGUUUUUCAUACUUCGAACUGUCAUUGAUCCUGAGGAUAUAAUUCCAGACGAAGAAAUUCAUGGAGAAAUUGUGUAUCUCCGUGAACAACCUGUUCGUGAUGUUAUUGAUAAAUUAAUGAAGCAACAAAUGGACAGAAAGGCAUUUUCAACUGUUUUGCAUAACAUGAGUCGCUACGUUGAAGAAGUACACACACAUCCUUAUUCAGAAAAUAUACUCAAUAACUAUGCUAGAUUUCUUAAUGCUCUUAUUAAGUAUACAACUGAUUGGCGAAGGUCUGAUUGGAAUAUCAAUCCUGUUUUCACUAUAUCUGCUAUAUUAUUAAAGGAGCAUCCUUAUUAUUAUACAAUGUUAUUACCAUCUAUACAAGCUUUAUUUAAGCAUGGGCUUCAAAAUUGCAAUAUACAAGCUGAAUCUAUUGCUAAACUGAUGGCCGCAUAUUCAGCCAUAGGCUCAAUUCCAGGGAUUGAACCAAAUAAUAUCUUUGUAGAUAUUAUAGUAGCUGAGCUAAAAAAUGCUAUUUUAUUGCCAACAAAAUUGAACAAAGACACUAUUCUAACUUUGCUUGAACUUGUAUUAUGGGAUAUAAAGCCAAUAGGUCAAGAAUGGUAUACCAAAGUUGAAAAGUCAAUAUUAGGUGGAAUAGCUGAUGGAUAUCGUCAUACACCUUAUUUUGAUAGUAAACUUAUUCAUCUCCUUCCUUUUUUGUGAAUUAUUUGAAAAAGGAUUCAACCAGUCAGCAGUUCACGAAAAAGGAUUUCAAUAUUUCUAAUUG